ACAUACGAUUUGACGCCAUACUCCCCCUGGAGUGAUUAAUAUUACUCUAACGUGAAUAUUUUGUAAGCGUGUAUUCGAAUAUCGUAUGACUGAUCAUGGCUUGUAGAAAUACAAAAGGGAGGAUAGUUUCUACGCAUUAACAGAGGUAAGGAACUGCCAUCGCUCCAUACUAGGAUAUCAGUUCCUUAUGUGAAAAAAAAAGAAGAAGAAGUCGUAGAAGAAUAUAAUCCAAGGAGAAACUAAAAUGGAGGAAAAGGAGAAGGACAUUAUUGAAAGGAACAAGGAAUUAUUAGUCCGGAAUAUUAUUCUCACGCCAGAGUUUUACGAUAUGUUGCAAUCUUAUAAUGUCCUCCCUGUCACCAUGGUAACAGAUAUUAAGUCCGCAAAAUCAAGAGAGGAAAGGAAUCGCCGACUUCUCAAAACUUUAAAGCUUCGUGGAUGCGAUUCCUACCGGAAGUUACGUCACGUCUUGAGCCUAACAGGACACGCCUAUCUCGCCGACCAUCUAUAUGAAGAAGAAACGGAUACAAAGCUACUUCGAUCAGAAGAUUUUUUUGGCAAAUUUCCGGCUAUUUUCAACCACAUCAGUGACGACAUUAAAACCAAGCUUCUUCAGUACCUGGAGACAAAGCUAAAAGAGAAGAUGCUCGUGAAUGCAUGGGUGAAUUCCGCCUUGGAGAGGAGUGAGAUUCUCGAAUCACGAAAAUUAGAAUUUGAGCACGAGAGGGAAUUGAGGACAAAAUUGGAAAAAUAUAAACGUCAGGUAGGCAAGUCAGAGAACGAUCUAGCUACAGCUAAGGAAGAGUUAAGACAGAACAGAUUGGAUAUGAAAAUACAUCUGAAGGAAGUAGAGGAAUCUGAGAAAAGGUUUAAACAGGAGUUGGGGGUACAAUCACGGUUCAACGCAGCCAAUAACAGCUCAAUGCUGAGACUUACAGAGCAGUUUACGUCGGUCAACAUCAAGAUUCACAAGUUAAAUGGAUGGAUUCAAGACUUUCUACACGACAGUGCGACGGUAGAAACACAAGAAAACGUCACUGGUGCAAUGCUGACCAUUUUGGAAAGAAAUAUACAAACAUUGAUGGACAAAACCGAUCAGCAUGCCGAGACGCUUGACCGUAGCUCCAGCGAAAGGACCACCAUUUUGAACAUUCUCAAAAAACCUGUGUCUCGAACUGAACUGCUUUCGGAGACAGUUCGGAAGCACGUUGAAAAAGAGAACAAAAACAAACUAGCGGUAUGUCACGAAUUGGAGAGGCUUAACGAAAGCUUACGAGAUUUCGGCGCCGGAAGUCAUUCCAACGGGGGAUCCUCGAGCUCAGUGCCACAAACAACAGAUUUACGUUUAAUUCGUAAUAUGAUUGCGACAUUUCGAGUGGAAGCAGAGCACCUCAGGAAGAAACUUAAGUGGAAGGAUUCAAAAAUUGAUGAACUUGUCGAAGAACUUCGACAAAAGCCUCCUUCCUUGCGUCCCAUUGAAGGAAACCCUCGUCCAACUGGUGACGUAUUCCACAGAGAACGCCAACUGCCUGCGCAUUCGUCGCCUGAAUCAAACGGUGAAAAAGCAUUACCUAAUGAAAAAGCUGAAGAUCACAUAUCCAAUAACGAAACGGCAUCACGUUACACGGCCAAAUUGGAGAAACGGUCGCGUGAAGGUAGUCCAUUGAAACCGAUCUCCAUAGUGACAGACAGUACCGAGGGAAAUGAUACCGAUGGAAACCAGUCCAGCUUGCUCUCAAUGGAACAGAUGGAUACUUCAAUAGAGGAUAAAUGUUUAACCUUUCCAGUGGUCAACGAACAGCUCAGUUACAUCUCAACUCCCAGAUCUCUUAAAGUACGAACACCGGUAGACCAAACAAAUAUAAAUAUGGCCAAAGGAAAGCGAGACGGUGACACUAUGGCGAUUCAGGAAGUGACGUCAUACAUGGAGGAAAAAAUAACUGAAGGGAAGUUGCCACCGAUAGUACCGAACUCUUCGUAUUUGAAUUUCGAAAUUACACCGUCCACUUGAAACAAAACAACUUAAUCAUCGUAAUAUUGAAUAAGUAUCUUUUCAGUUAUUUUGGAGCGACAAAACGAAAUGGCGACCAAUGAAAUAAAAUCGCUCAAAGCAUGACCACAUAAGGAUUGAACGGCAUCUUUCUAUUUCAUAUCGGUAUGAACUUUGAAAAAUAACGUUUAAUCCUUAUAUUUUCAUUUUUAACGUUUAGUUAUUACUGACCUUAAUACAGAUAUGCCAUUAUAUUUUCGAUAUUGUAGUGUCUUUGUCGUCAGUGCAAGCGAGAUUCCUGGAACAGCCUAACUUCACAUAACGUUUGCUUCUAACGGUUGCCUAAUGGUAUUCAAAGCGGGAGGAGAAGUUUCAAAAUGACACUGAUCUAAUUGCGUUCAUAGCUUUAUGAGCGCAAUUUCUCUUGAUAAUGUUUACAGAUGAACUUGUAGUGGAAAUGUAAAUAUACCGAUGUGAUACCAAAUGGUCUCAUAGCUACAUAAUGCUUGGGCAAGCGACAAAUUAAGGUAUAUGACUAAUUUGGUUAUUCAUGCAUACGUAUAUAUAUAUAUAUAUGUGUGUUAUUCUUGUCUAUUCAACAAUGCUUGUGGCGGCGUCAUUUAUUCAACUCAACGAGUCGUUUCAAGCCAAGAGAUCAUUUACAUAGAAUUUGGACUUAUAUUUUUACAUCGAUCUAUUUACAUUUUACAACCACUUAUAAAGACCAUAUUUCCAUAAGUUCAGUUCCUCGUGAAAGUAUUGCCGAUGCUAUUAGAAGCUGAAUGCCAUGCGUAACAUUUAAGCAUUGGACUGCUUUCAGUAGGCAUUCAUAGGCAAGAUGAAUGCCAGCUGGACAAAGGCAAAGCGCUUCAUGUCGGAUUUUCCUUUGUCUGGUUGGACUUCAUAUUGCCUGUGAAUACCAACUGAAAGCAGUUCAAUACUUAUAUUUAGCAUUUUUGGAAUCUGUUCAUCUCAUAAAAAAUCGAUUGGAUUUAUUGUUAUUCAGCAUUUAGUUUAUAUAAUGUAUAUAUCGUGUGUGCGUGUUCAAUGAAUAGAACUGCCAUCACCCGGAGAGGGUCAGUACGUGGUAUCCAACGUAACAAUUAUGACGUCAUAAUAUUGACAAUCGGUCCAUGGGAUUCAUAGCCUAUAUGAAUGCCAACUGAAUUUGGCAGUGGUAUAUAGUGACAAUGCCAUACGGUGGUAAAUAUUGACAGAUAUCAAAAUGGAAGCAUUUCAAAAUAAUGUGACAUCACUUCCGGGCAUCAAAGUCGGGAAAAGGUAAUCCUAGACAUUUGACAAUGUGUAUUUCAUGCCACAAGUUAUCCCGAUUUGUUUUAGUUUUUAAGCUAAGUUUGAUAUUUAUACUUUAUACUUCGUUUGGUGAGUUCUACUGGGUUUUUGUUAACCGCUCUUAAACCCGACCUCGACUUUUUUUUUAAGCGACAACCUAUGCACGAAUUCACAUACAUGAAUACAGGCCCUUGCAGUGUACUGCAUCAUAUAAUAUGUGUAUAUAUAUAAAUAAAAUACUCGUU